AUGCUAUUGGCCGAGAACAGCCAAAACACUCUAGAACUGAACAAGGUGGGAGAACUUGCUCUAUCGGAUAUCAAGACUUGCUAUAAAGCUAUGCAAUUAAGACAGGUGGUGUUGGAAGUAAACAGUGAAUUUAUUGUUGAGGUAAAAGAAUUAGACAUUGAAAAUGGCAGUACAAAAUGGCAAACUGUCAGAAGACAAAAGCGGGAGUGGAUCAAGUUUGCAGCAGCCUGUCGAGAAGGAGAGGACAACUCCAAGAGGAAUCCAAUCGCCAGAAUUCGAUCAGACUGCGAAGUGAACCAGAAGAUUACAUACCGCAUCUCUGGGGCAGGGAUUGAUCGACCGCCUUAUGGCGUGUUCGCCAUUAAUCCUCAGACUGGGGAGAUUAACAUCACCUCGGUGGUGGACAGAGAGAUAACUCCACUUUUCCUGAUCUAUUGCCGGGCUCUGAAUUCACGAGGUGAAGAUUUAGAAAGACCUCUUGAGCUUAGAGUCAAAGUUAUGGACAUAAAUGAUAACCCUCCAGUCUUUACACAAAAUGUGUACACAGGAAGCAUCGAAGAAAACAGCGACGCGAACACAUUGGUAGUAAAGUUAAGUGCCACAGAUGCAGAUGAAGACAAUCAUCUGAAUUCUAAAAUUGCCUACAAGAUUAUCUCUCAGGAGCCAGCAGGUGCACCAAUGUUCAUCCUGAACAGGUACACUGGAGAGGUCCGCACGAUGUCCAGUUUCCUUGACAGAGAGGAACACAGUAUGUAUAAUCUCCUUGUGAGGGGCUCAGAUCGAGAUGGAGCUGCAGAUGGACUGUCUUCUGAGUGUGCCUGUAGAAUCAAGGUUUUAGAUGUCAAUGAUAAUUUCCCCACCUUGGAGAAAACUUAUUACUCAGCAAGCAUUGAAGAGAAUUGUUUAAAUUCGGAACUGAUGCGAUUAAAAGCAAUUGAUCUUGAUGAAGAAGGCACUGCUAAUUGGUUGGCGAAAUAUAUAAUUCUCUCUGGAAAUGAUGGGAAUUGGUUUGAUAUUCAAACAGACCCACGAACCAAUGAAGGCAUUUUGAAAGUUGUCAAGAUGCUGGAUUAUGAACAAGUGCCUAGUAUCCAUCUCAGUGUUGGAGUUAAAAACCAAGCUGAAUUUCACCACUCAGUUGCCUCUCGAUUCCGAAUGCAUUCAACCCCUGUGAGGAUCCAGGUUAUUAAUGUGCGAGAAGGACCCACAUUUGAUCCAAACUCUAUGACUUUCAGUGUGCGGGAAGGAGUAAGAGGAGAUUCCUUAAUGAAUUAUGUUCUGGGCACAUAUACGGCUGUAGAUUUGGACACAGGAAGUCCUGCAACAAAUGUCAGGUAUAUCAUAGGACAUGAUCCCAGCAGCUGGUUAAAAGUUGACUCAAGGACUGGUGAGAUACAGUUUUCUAGGGAAUUUGAUAAGAAGUCAAAAUAUAUUACCAAUGGGAUAUAUACAGCAGAGAUCCUGGCUGUAGAUGAUGGCUCUGGGAAAACGGCUACGGGAACCAUAUGCGUUGAAGUUCCUGACAUCAACGAUUACUGCCCAGUCAUUUUUGCUGAAAGUAAUGUCAUCUGCAUUGCCUCUCCAUCAAUCCAUAUAUCUGCGAGAGAAGUUAACCAUCAUUCUUAUGGGUCUCCCUUUACCUUUUGUGUUGUUGAUCAGCCACCAGGGACAGCUGAUUUAUGGGAUAUCAAAUCAAUAAAUGCUACCUCUGCAAUCCUGACGGCUGAGCAGCCUUUAUCAGCUGGAGUUUACCAAGUCCCAAUCCUGGUGAGAGACAGCUACAACAGGGCGUGUGAACUGCCACAGAUGGUUAUGUUAGACGCCUGCGAUUGUGACAACAGCCAGACGUGCUUGCACUCUAGCACUCCGGGCGUCUACACUGGGGAUGGCAGCUCAGUUACCAGUGACAUAUAUGGGCCUGUCCCUGGGGACCGCAUUGAGGGUUCAAAUGUUCGCCUGGGACCAGCAGGGAUUGGCAUGAUCGUUCUGGGCCUCUUACUACUGCUUUUGUCACCACUCUUGCUGCUCAUUUGUUGCUGCAAACGAAGACAGCCAGAAGGCCUGGGGACAAGGUUUGCUCCUGUGCCGGAGGGGGGUGAAGGAGUGAUUCAGUCUUGGAGAAUAGAAGGGGCCCAUCCUGAGGACAGGGAUGUGUCAAAUAUAUGUGUACCAAUAACAGCUUCUAAUACCCAGGAUCGUAUGGAUUCCUCUGAAAUCUACACUAACACCUACGCGGGCGGAGGAACGGUUGAAGGAGGCAUAUCAGGAGGGGAACUCAACACAGGUCUUGGGACAGCCGUUGGCCUGGCAGCUGGAGGAGCAGUGGGGACACUGAGAAGGAGGAGUUCGACACUAGGAACCCAGAGGGAAUAUGCAGACACCGGCCUGAACAUGGCUUUCUUGGACAGCUAUUUCUCUGAGAAAGCGUAUGUUUAUGCAGAUGAAGAUGAAGGUCGACCAGCAAACGACUGCUUGCUCAUUUAUGACCAUGAGGGAGUAGGGUCACCUGUGGGCUCCAUUGGUUGUUGCAGUUGGAUUGUGGAUGAUUUAGAUGAAAACUACAUGGAAACUUUAGAUCCAAAAUUUAGAACGCUUGCUGAAAUCUGCUUAGACACAGAAAUUGAACCAUUUCCUUCACAGCAAGCCUGUAUACCUAUCAGUACUGAUCUCCCUUUGCUCGGGCCUAAUUACUUUGUUAAUGAAUCUUCAGGAAUGACUCUCUCAGAGGCUGAAUUCCAGGCAGAAAUGGCAAUGCCUGAGCCCAUGAUCCACGGGGAUAUUGUAGUGACUGAGACUUACACCACUACUGAUCAAUGUAUGCAACCCACUACAAUUGUUUUUGAUCCUCAGCUUGCACCCAAUGUUGUAGUAACGGAAACAGUAAUGACACCUGUCUACGAUGUUCAAGGGAAUCUUUGUGUACCUGCUGAGUUAGCCAAUGCACAAAAUGUAAUCUACACUGAGAGAGUACUGUCUAGUCCUGGCAUGCCUGACAUGAGGAAUAGUAGCAUGACUGAUGGUUGUAUGGGACCUGUGAUGAGUGGCAGUAUUUUAGUAGGGCCAGAAAUUCAAGUGACACAAAUGAUGAGUCCAGAUAUUCACAUAAGCCAAACCAUUGGUUCCACAUCCCCAAUGACAUCUCGACAUCGAGUAACACGGUAUAGUAACAUACAUUACUCCCAAUAG